UCAUGAUUCCGUCCGGUCUUUACCUCUUCAAUAAUAGCAGUAAAUUUAAAUCAGACGACAACUCAAACAUCCAAUUCAAUCAUAUGGGAGUUCCCAUAUCGGGAAUUCCCGGUCAAUUUCCCGGCGCAUAUCCGGGAGGUUAUCAAAAUGGGGUGCCGGGAGGUUAUGGUGGAGGCUAUCCGGGACAGGGAUUCCCCGGACGGGACGGUAGACCUAACUUUCACGACAGAUCGCGAGGACAUUACGAUCCGGGAGAUGCCAUUCGAGAGCAUAUCGAGCGAUUGAAUAAUAGGCAUCGCGAGCCCCCACACAGACGGCGAAGACAUGCGAAUCCAUUUGAGGAUAGAGCUGAAGAGAUGAAUCCCGAACACAAUCCGGACUACAAUCCCGAACACAUGAAUCCGCAUCACAACGAAGACAUUGAAAGGCAAUUCAUGAAUCAAAUGCCAGAAACAGAGCGUAAAGAAGAGCCUAAACAAGAACCCAAAGAAGAGCCAAUUGAAAAGAAAGAUGACUUUUCUAAGAAUAGCGCAGAAACUAAUCAAAACUUAAAUGAAAAGCCAAUUGAAAUGAACCAAAAUGAAGCCAAAGCGCCGGAACCACAGGUAAAUAGUGGGACAAUUGACCCCAUUAUGCAAACAAGAAAUUCUGGAGAAAUGACAAACGGAAAAGAGUUUAAGACAAUUCUGUUGUGGACACCGAUUGAUGAAUCAGUAAAAGAAGGCAAUCAGGCAUUCAUUGACGGAAAAUGUGUGACUAAUAAAUGUGUGUUUGUGACAAAUAAGUCAUUAUUGGAUAAAAGCGAUGCCAUUGUGUUCAGUGCUCGACAUUUGCCGACACAUAAACCGCCAGCCGUUAGACCCAGACAUCAGAAAUGGAUAUUCUUUAGCGACGAUUCGCCACAGUUUAGCGCUCAGGAAGAUCUCAAUUCACUGUCACUG